AUGUCGACCCCGUCGUCCCCGACACAGGAACAAUGGGAUGAAUUGUGCAGGGACGUCAAGGAGUCGUUGCUCGAAGAGGUGGGGGGCGAGAGCUGGUAUAUCAUCAUCGCCACCGUCCUCACGGUCUCGCCACGACCGCAACUCCUCGCCGAUUUCUGGACGCACGUCACCGCGCACGAGACGGCCUUCUCGACGCCGGAAGCGCGGACCCGCCUCUCCGACAGACUGCGCGACGUGCUCCUCAAGCAGAUCGUCCUGAUUGGCGCGCCGCAGGUUCUCUCGGCGUUGAUCCCCCUCGCGCAGCGGCAGACCGAGGGGAAGGGAGAGGCAGAACGCGGCGAGUUGGAGCUGGAGCAGUGGUCGAACCUGACGCUCCCAUCGCUGCACGCGCAGGGCGUCAAGGCCAUCACCUCGAUCUACGGGACGCUGUGGCCGCGCAUCUUUUCGACGUUCGGCCCGCACCGCGCGCAGGUCGGCAUCCACGAGAUCGCCAUCGUCUACGGCCUGUACCUGGGCGACUUCUCGACCCUGACGCCGCUGGAGACGGAGCUGGUCGCGUUCACCUGCAUCACGUGCCAGGGCCUGCGGGGGCCGAGCCUCUGGCACGUCCGCGGUCUGGGGAGGGUGCUGGGCGCGCGCGGCGCCGACGACGAAACGCCCCGGAUGAGGCGCAUCAAGGACGUCGUCCGCAGUGUCAAGGUCGCGGCCGCGCGGUGCGUCGAGUUCUGUGGGCCCGAGAUGGUCAGGCGCAGCGGCUUGGAUGCCAGCGACGGGGGGCUGGGGUGGCCGAAUGUUGGCGAUGUUGGGAGGGAGUUGGGCGGAUGGGGCGACGACGAUGCCGACGACUGA